GGUCCUGUUCACUUUUCAUUUUUCUCGUAUUUUUUUCCCCUCUGUAGGUUUAAGUCAAGUCGGAUUUUUCUUUUAAUUUUACAUUUACUCUUGAGUUUUGUGGAAUGUUUUUAAUUACUUCGUGACAGGAAACAGUGAAGCCGAACCCGGAGAAAGUGAGGAGUGGCCGGGGCCCGAGCUGGAGCCUCCUGCCCGAGGCCAAUGUCGAUCAUAAAGCUUUCUAUACAAGGAAUAGGAUCAGCCAUGCAGUGGGGAAUUUCCACCAGGAUUUAUGGAGUGUGGGGGGUAUAGGAAUAGGGCAAGCAAUAAGGUGUUUCGGUAAGGCGUGUUGGAUCUGGGAAAAGAGUUCAGUAUGGAUGGAAUGGAAUCGAACAAUGAGGACAAUUGCUCAAGUGCCACAGCUAUGAAUGUUGACUCUGCUGAAACGAGUUGUUUGGCAGAAGAAGAUGAAGGUGAUCCGUCUGAAUCUCAUGGCUGUUCAAAGCAAGAAGGAGCAUUGGAACCUGUCUUGAAAGAGCAACAUCAGGACAAGUGCAGCCUGGAGCAGAAGCUGUGCGUAUUUUGUAACUGUGGAGAGCAGAGUUUACAUGGACAAAGAGAACUGAAACAAUUUGAUCCAUCAGUUGUGUUGACUGAACUUGGAAACGGAGGGACUAACAGAACUGAGAAGGAAUCGUUGAGGCAUGCGAGUGUUUUGGGGGUGGAGGAGCUCUCGGAUGAGCUCGCACGAGUUGGCUUUGAGCAAAGUGCAACAACAGUGGCUCUCUUUGAGUCAACAGGGCAUUUCUGGGCUCAUCAUUGGUGUGCAGCCUGGUCACAUGAUGUUGAGCAGGGUGAGGGGCAAAGACUGGUCAAUGUGGAUAAAGCUGUAAUCUCAGGUAUCUCGCAGAAAUGCGAAUAUUGUAAACGGUUGGGUGCUACCAUCCGAUGCCAGAUGGAAGGAUGUUUAAGAUCGUACCACUUUCCCUGUGCAGCAGCAUCUGGAUCCUUUCAGUCAAUGAAAACCUUGACUCUUCUCUGUCCAGACCAUACUGAUAAAGCAGUGCAAAUAGCGAAGGAUGAGGCAAAUUGUGGUGUGUGUGAUGCUCCAGGGGAUCUCCUGGACCUUCUCUUCUGUACCAGCUGUGGACUGCACUACCAUGGUGCAUGCCUGGAAAUUGUAGUGACGCCAGUUAAGCGCGCUGGUUGGCAGUGUCCCGAGUGCAAAGUAUGCCAGACUUGCAGGCAGCCUGGUGCGGACACAAUGAUGCUCGUGUGUGAUGCGUGUGAUAAGGGCUAUCAUACGUUUUGUUUGAAACCAGCAAUGGAGUCGCUGCCUACUGAUAGCUGGAAGUGCAAGAACUGUCGUGUGUGCAGUGAUUGUGGUUCAAGAUCUGCAGGGAAACAUGCCAAUACACAGUGGCAUCAGAACUACUCAGUUUGUGAGAAAUGUUACUGGCAAAAGAACAGGGAUAGUACCGUGUGUACGAUAUGUGGUAAAACAAAUGGACAAACAGAUGACACUUUAAACUGCCAUAUCUGCCAAAAGUGGAUCCAUGCAGACUGUAGCCCUUCAUCUCUCAAUUUGCCAGGGCAACAGUACACAUGUCCAAUGUGCAAAAGCCCACUGCAAAAUACAGGGCUUUCAUCUCCUGAGCCUGUUGAUGAAAGGCAAUUAAAACUUGAGUCAGCGGCAUCGGAGAAAAUGAAAGAACAAACUGAGUGGACUGGAAGCCAGCAAAAGGACUUGAAACCAGAAGAACAAUUGAUGAGUGAAUGUGUUGCUGAAGACUCUUUGCACGAACAGGAGGAUUCUAUCAAUACAGUUAGUAAUGUGGAACUGGAAAAUCCAAAACAACAAAUAUCAGAAGUUAACACUGUGGAACAGGUGGAAUCUCAGUCUCUUGGUUCUUUGGAGGAAAAUGGAGUUGGGGUCUCAACUUUACAGAAAGAAUUUGAACAUGAAAAGCCCACUGAGAGAUUGCAUUCUUCUCAUAACACAGAGAUUCAUAAGACUUCCGAAACUGGGACACAUGGUGCACAAUCUGAGAGCAUUAGAAGUUCAGUGGAGUCUCCCUCUGCAGAAAAAGAGCUUGCAGAACACUUUAGUUCAGAAAAGACAGACCAACCAGAACCCUUCUUACAGACACAGGAAACAAAAGUGGAAAGCUCAGUUUCUCUUCUAGACCAGGCAGAGGUUUGCAUUAAUGCAGACAUUGAUGCUGGUCCCAAUAGUUCCAUUCCACAGGAGACAAAAGCCAAUCACUUCACCACAGACCCUGACCUGAUGGAUUCUGUCAGUAUUUCUGCUGAAACACAGUUAGAUGGUGCCUCCUUUGUUUUAAUCAAGCAGGAGACUGACAAAAUCCACAAAGAUAAAACUGAACUCUGUGAUAUUCCUGCUGAUUCAACUUGUGACUCUGUGGAUAGAGGUGAAGUUUCUGACAUGGUGUCCGAUGGAAUGGAGACCAAGGGAGAUCCUGUUGAGAUGGACAUAAAUGAUGAUGUGACUCCUAUGGAGGUUGUACCUGCAGGAAAUAGGCUGAAGACUGAGCAAGACACUCAGAUGGAAGUGCAGGAUGUUGCAAGUGCAGACCCUGCCUGUAACAUGCUAAUUAAAUCUGAGAUUGUGGAGGAAACGUCAAAUCAAAGUCAAACUGACUCAAAUAGCACCUGCUUGGAACCAGAUUUUUCAAAUACUUUGGACCGUGAUGCAGGCUUGGUUCCAAUGGAUGUUUGUAUGACGUCAACAGAUGAUAUUUCUCCAAGGGUGGAAGAUGAGGCUGAAAAAGUAAAUUCAGACCUGCGGCUAACAGAAACAGAAGAUUCCUUGCCAGCUGAUCCUGGUAUGAUGAAGGGUGAAUCUGGCAAGCCUGCAGUUAUGAAGAGACGUUUCUCACCAGGUCGGCCUCGAGUCAAACAGGGUCGUUGUAACAGUUUUCCAGGUAAAAAGCGACCACGUGGUGGUCAUGUUGGACGAGGGCGAGGACGAUCACGCUUGAAGUCUGUAUCUGGAAUCUUGGAGUCUUUGGGGUCUACAGGUGUAGAUACAUCUCCAAGUAAAGAUGAUGAUGAUGACGAUGAUACGAUGCACAACACGGUGGUCCUCUUCUCCACUGAGGACAAAUUUAUUCUCCUGCAGGAUAUGUGUGUGGUAUGUGGGAGCUUUGGACGAGGAAUAGAAGGACAAUUGUUGGCCUGUUCACAGUGUGGGCAGUGUUAUCACCCGUAUUGUGUCAAUAGUAAGAUCACAAAAGUUAUGUUGAGCAAAGGAUGGCGUUGCUUAGAAUGUAUUGUGUGUGAAGCAUGUGGCAAAGCUUCUGAUCCUGCUCGUUUAUUGUUGUGUGAUGAUUGCGAUAUAAGUUACCACACAUACUGCCUGGAUCCACCAUUGCAGACUGUGCCAAAGGGUGGUUGGAAGUGCAAGUGGUGUGUAUGCUGUACACAAUGUGGUGCCACAACACCUGGUUUUCACUGUGAAUGGCAGAAUAACUACACCCACUGUGCACCUUGUGGCAGCCUUGUUACUUGUCCAAGCUGUAAUGAAGACUAUGAAGAAGAGGACCUUCUCAUACAGUGUCACCAUUGCGAUCGGUGGGUCCAUGCAAUUUGUGAAAAUCUUUUCACAGAAGAUGAAGUGGAGCAAGCGGCAGAUGAGGGCUUUGAUUGUACUGCAUGUGAGCCAUUUGUUGUUCGUCCAGUUGUUCGAAGUGAAUCCCCUGUGGUUACACCUAUCAUCAAAGUGAAGGAUCCAGAUUUAAUUUAUUCGAUUGUAGAACCGCGGUUUUAUAAUCAGGAUGGAGUAUGGCUGACAGAAUCAGGGAUGUCACAGUUCCGAAGUAUGGUUCUUUCACCGUCACACAAAAAAGGACCAAAGCCAAAACUAAAGAACAAACCUUCAACUCCAUGCAGCGAGCCAAUGUUGGUCAGUAUAGAUGGCUCAUCUAUAGAAAUAAAGAAAGAAGAAGGUGAUGGGGAGGAGGAAAAAGCUGCCAUGGAACCAGGUGAAUGUGACAUAAAACCUGAUGCACCUGUCUGCCAGGAACAUGAUGUCUGUGCAAUAAACAAUGCUGGAAAAACAAGUGAGGAAACUGAGGAAGGGAAAAAGAGAAAGAGGAAGCCAUAUCGACCUGGAAUUGGUGGAUUUAUGGUCCGUCAGAGGCAGUCGCGGAUGAAGAAUUUGAAUAAAAUCUCUGUGGCACAGCCUGGCAUGUCCAUUGACUGUCCAAAUAUUGAGAGCAACAAAGAAGAAGGUACUCUGAUAGAACUUCCAACUGAGAGUGCCAGUGAUAUACCUGUGAUAGGACCAGAUGUAGGUGAGAAAGCAAAGAAACGGCAGCGCCGAAAGAAAAGCAAGUUGGAGGAUUCCUUUCCAGCAUAUCUGCAGGAAGCGUUCUUUGGAAAGUCAUUGCUGGACAGCAGUCGGAAAGUUUGCCUCAGCUCAGAGGGUUUCUCUGACAGUGAAAGCACUGAGUUUCCACAAGGCACCUCUCAGUCGGACCCAGCACCUCAGCAGAAGGACCCAACAGAUGAAAAGCGUGAUGGAGCCCAGGAGAGGGUUCCUGAUGCAAAGACAAUCCAAGGCCCCCUCGAACGUAAUGGAGACCCAAUCCCAGAUGACCCACCUAAAACUGAAGAAACUCAGCCAGAUGGAAUCGCUGGGAUUGACGUCUCAUCCAUUACGGAUGAACUUUCAUCCAGUCACCCUGAUGAAAGCUCAAAGCGAAACCAAGCUUUUAAUGAUGUUCCAGUGGAGGGUGCCCUCAGCUCAGAUCUUGACAAGAUUGUAACAGAGGAACUGGCACAAAUGGAGAGUAAAGACGUACAGCAGCUCUUCACUGAUGUUCUGGGAUCACAGGGAAAUCAUCCACUUCCAGAAUCAACACUGAGUAGUGUCAAAACAGUAUCUGAAAGCCAUCUUCUCACUUCCCAUGGGUUAGGAGAACUCAUCAGACCUUCAUUAAGCCAGCAAUCUCUACUUCCUGGAGGGGCAAUGGCCGUUGGGCAACUUGCUCUUGGUGGUUCUUUAGCACAGACUUCAUGUGCAGCAGGAGAGUCUUUUCCCAAUGUCUGUCAGUCACCAUUUCUUGAAAGCAGGGAAAGGAGUAUCCCUUUCAGCCCAGAUAGUGGAGAGCAACAGAGCCCGUGGACAACGCCAGCUACGCCAGCUACCCCAACCACUCCAACUACCCCCACCACUCCUACAGAGGGAGAAGGGGAUGGACUUUCCUAUAACCAGCGAAGUAUAUUGAGAUGGGAAAAAGAUGAGGCUUUGGGAGAAUUAUCAACCAUAUCACCUGUUCUCUACGCAAAUAUCAACUUCCCUAACUUGAGACAGGAUUACCCAGAUUGGGCAAGUCGUUGUAAACAGAUCACUAAGAUUUGGAGGAAGGUCCCAGCAGUUGAUAAAGCACCAUUUCUGCAAAAGGCCAAAGACAACAGGGCAGCUCAGCGCAUCAACAAAGCACAGAAGCAGGUUGACAUGCAAGGUAACAAGCAGCCAAAAAUUGAGAGACAAGAGGUAAAGCAGGAUCGUAAACCACCUCGUCAUCCACAUACCCUGACUCAGAGUCCUGCAAUGACCAGUCUUGCUCCAGCAACAUUAGUUGUGGGGAAUUCUGGUUCCCCAGCAGAAAUGAGGAUUGACGGUUUAGGCCCGAAUGCUUCAUUACACGGUAAUAAAUCAUUUACUACCUCGACUAAUGAAUUUGUAAAACUGCAAGCAACAAGCCCAUCCCCAAAAGACUCCAGCAGUGACUUGUUCCCAAAACUGCAUAUGCAGUCUCCAACUGGAGUUGUAGCCCAAGAUCCUUUUGGGCAUUCGCUAACAUCAUAUCCUCAGGAACCCAAUGUUCAGUCUUCCAGUAAUCCAAGUCAAGCAUCGGCAUGGAACAGCCCUCACCACCAGUCAAGUGUACCUCGCCCUGUUGUUCCAGGCCGACCACAGCUGCUUGCCUCUUCAGAGCUACAUUCUGCCACACCAGGAAUGUCACAUCAUCAGCAUCCUUUAGUCCCAGACUCAUUCCUCCGAUCUAGAGUGCUUGGUGAAUCACACGAUACCCAUACAGUUGAUCAGCCAUUAGGAAGUCCAGGGUUUCGAUCAUCACAGUCGACAGACUGUUACACAAAACCGCUUGAAGCUUUAACGCUGCCAUCACCAACUGGAGACCAGUUAAGGCGACUUUCAGAUACAGAAAUUGGAGCACAGCAUCCAAGAAAUGAACAGUUUGCAGGAGUCAUGAGACAAGAUUUAAGUACAAAUUCCUUGGCUUCCCUUUACAGAGCUGCAAUGUUGGAUCCAAAUAUGAGUGUACGGUCACUUUCAGAUGGGAGGGAUAGAGAUAUCUUCAAAGCCCCUUUAACUCCCAGAUCAUCAUAUGUGGACCAAACACCUACAGUACCUACUCAACGUUCUCAGGAACUACACCCUCAAUCUCAGGGUGUCUCGCCACAGGCUCAGACCGAUUUGUACCGCCAGUCUCCUUCCACACCAUUUUCUGAUCCAUACCAUCAAUCUUCCUUGACACCACGACCAUCUUCUAGUGAGAGCUGCUCCCCGUUACCUCCUAAAUCACUUCCUGCUGACUCUCUCUCCAGGGUACCAAUGAGUCCGCAAUCUCAGUGUAGUUCACCGUUGACACCCAGGCCACAUUCCAAUGAGGCAUUUCCUCAGUCUCCCAUUGCCUCUAGAUUCCAAUCACCAGAUCCUUAUUCAAGGCCACCUUCAAGAGAUCCUUACGCUCAGCUUCACAAACCACAGAGAUCCCAAAUGGUUGACACCGGAUUUAAAUCCUCUCCAGUGCCUCAUGGGCAACCAAGUAGUACCGUUCAACAUUCAGCAAUGUUUUCUCAGCACAGUGACCCACAUCCAAAAGCAGCUUAUGUAAUGCAGCCUCAGUCUCCAAGGCCUCUCAGUUUUGAGCCAUGUGCCAAGACAUUUGCCAGCAGUCAACCACAAAAUCAAUUUCCUUUCACUUCAUCACCAGGAGAUAUGGUUAAAGAAUCCCAUUCUCAGCCGUCAGUAUCUCAGAUGCCUCGAACAAAUAAUUUUCCAUCAAGUCAUUUAAUGGGGAAUCAGCUCAAUGUAACUGAUGCUCAUUGCUCUCAACUCAAUGCUAGUAAUCAGUCAGGGCCUCCAGAUGCUGCAUCUGUUACAAGAGAUGAAGCUUUCACCAAUAUGCCUUUAAGGCCAUCCUUGAUCAAGCAAGAUACACUACCUUUACAGCAAGAUUGUCCAUACCAGACUUCUUCUAACAAUCGAUCAGUAAGUGAUUCAUCUCCAUCAGAGAGAAGCAGCGAGAGUUCCACACAAGUCCACACUCCAGCAUCUCCCAGCAGAGACUUGCAUGAGCUCCCAUUCAACAGGGGAGCACAAACUGGAAAUCUGAGUCAGACGGAACUUGAGAAACAGAGACAGCGUCAGAGGUUGCGUCAGCUUUUGAUACGUCAGCAAAUUCAACGGAAUAACUUGCGACAGGAGAAAGAACAGGCGGCUGCAUGCGGUAGUGGCACUACCACAACCAGUUGGUCAAAAGAAAAUCCAAGUCAGCCCCAUGAGCUACAGACAAGAGCGCCACCUCCAUACCCCCUCUCUCAGGAUCGGUCUGGCCUUCGAGGGCUGAUCCCUGCCUCUGGAAAUGGAAGGUUAAUAAAUCCAGUGGUACUAGAAAAACAGCAUUUGUUUCCUCAGGAAGAGAGUCUCUGUCGGCCUCCACAACCAGGCAUUCCCCCUGCUGGUGAAGUGAAUGCUCCCAGACAACCAGGGGUUGGUAACCCACAAGGAUUCCACCCAAGAGGCAAACCAGCUAAUCAACAGCAACAGUGGCAACAGCAGUUAAUACAAAGGCUUCCUGGGCAGACCCGUUUCCAGCAACCAGAAUCUUUGCACGUGAAUAGGCCUGGAAUGACAAUGCAAAUGAAUAGCACAGCUGGGCUUAACCCUAGGAUUGCCACUCAAAUCACUUUUCAAAAUGCACAACAACAAAUUGUAGCUUCACCUAUUCCUGUGAGUCCUCAGUAUAUAGAACUGAGGCACAAUUCCCAACGACUGCCCAUAGCUGCCCAGUUGGUACAACGUGCACCCCAGCCAAGGCCACGCCUUCCAUUACCAAAUCAAGAAAUCAGUUCAUUUGUGCACCAAAUGCAGGGAUGUAAGGUCAUAUCGAGAGGUCCAGGUACACCUUUGCCACAGUCACCAGUUGGAAUUACACUCUUGCCCCAGCAGAAUAUUUCUACUCCAUUACCAUCUUCACCUCAUUCAGUGGAAGUAUCAAGUGCCCAUCAGCAUAUCCAGACAAAAGAUCCAUUGGAAUCUACAGUACAAGUUGAAGCACAGCAGCCAUUUCAGACUAGUUCAUCGACUACAGCAUCCACUUCAAGUUGCAGUACUGAUGGCUUGAAGGGCAACACAGUAUCCUUUCCACUUAACUCUGUCCCAUCCAUCUCCAAUGUAGUUAGAGAGCACACAGAGUUGGAUCCAAGGAAGAUCUCUUGUGAUGAUUCAGUUGAAAAAGCUUUAGAUGAAGAACUAGGUUCACCUAAAGAGCUAGAUGAAGAAGAUGACCUUGCCAAUUUGAGUCUUGACCCAGACAGCAAGACAGAUGAUGAACUUGGUAACCUUGAUAACCUAGAAACCAAUGAUCCCCACCUUGAUGAUCUUCUGAAAUGUGAGGAAUUUGAUCUACUAGCUUAUACUGACCCUGAGCUAGACACUGGUGACAAAAAGGACAUAUUUACAGAGCAAUUGCGUUUAGUGGAAUCUGCAAAUGAGAAGGCAGAAGAAAAUCAGAGUAUACUUGCUGAUCAGGAUGCUGUAGACCCAGCUGAUAAAUGUACAAAUGAUAAUGUCAGCAGCUCUGAUUUAGAAAAGACUGAGAAAGAAGAGGAGAGUGGAAAAGCAAAAACCAAAUCGGUUAUUAUUGCAGAUACUCUAUCUUCUUCUGAUAGGAUUACUUGUGAGUCAGUGAAUGAUGUCAACACAGAAACGAGUGCUAACAGUCAAAGCAGUGAUCCAGUCACUAGGGCCCCAUCUACUGAUAAUUCUCCUAAGCCUACUCUUGAUCACGCAAUGAAGGUCGAAGAAAAUGUUUCCCAAAGUUCAGCUUGUCAGUUUGUAGCAAAUACUUCCACGGCUCAGACAGUUUUGAUAAAAUCAGAAAGCCCACCAAAGGGAGAUGAUGAGAGAGGAGCAGUGUCAAUGCUACUCAAUCUAGGUACUGGACUUAAUGUCAACACAAGUAUAGCACUGUGUCAGAGUUCUGCAUGCACGACCAGUGGAACACUGACAACUACUCAAAGUGGUACAGUUGCUUCGGGUAGUCAUGGAUCUGCACGGAUUCCCAACAAUGAACAUUCUAAUGUGGACUUGGAAACUAUGCCCUGCACAUCUUCAGCACAGAUAAUAUCCAAGUUGCCACUGGUUGUCCAGUCUAGGCCAUCAUUGGGUAAAUUUGGACUUGAUGAAAUGUGCCAACAUGUGCCCAGUAUGGAGCCGAAACGUCGGUCUGUGGAUGACCUUGUCAAAGUGGAGAGCUCUUUGGAGGCAAGUGAGCUUCCACUACUUCUCCAUGAUUUGCUUGAACAAGAGAAAAUGGAACUGCAGCAGCAGCAGUUGGGAGGAUCACAGUGUAUAUCUGCUCAACAGCAGCAGCAUUCAGGACCAAAGACCCAUCUUCCAGUUCUGCAACAGCUUGAGGUUUCACAUCAACAGACUCAUCCAGGGCUUCCCCAACACCUUCCAACAACACAGCAGUCUCAGCACCUUGAGGGGCCACAACAGAAUUUAAACUUGCCACAGCCACGUAUCUUGGGGGUGAUACAACAUCAUCAGUUGGGGAUCCCAAGAUCUCUUCCAUCUUCACAGCAGCAACAAUUGGCAGCAUCACAGCAACGGCUUGGAGCCUCACCACAUGUAGUCAUGUCCCAACAGCAGCAGCAUGUGGCAACAGGGCAACAUCCAACACAGCAGAUAGUGGCCUCACAGCAGAGUCAACAUUUGACCUCACCGCAGUUAUUGCCAACUCAGCAGUUGGCUGUAUCGCAAAUGGGCAUCAUGCAGCAGACGCAGCAAGUUGUGAUGCAACAGCAGCAACAGUUAGCCAAUGCUUUCUUCCCAGAUACAGAUUUGGAUAAAUUUGCAGCCGAUGAUAUCAUGGAUCCCAUUGCCAAAGCAAAAAUGGUGGCAUUGAAGGGAAUUAAAAAGGUCAUGGCACAAGGGAACAUCACUGUAGCACCAGGGAUGAAUAGGCAGCAGGUUUCAUUACUAGCGCAGAGGUUGGCUGGAGCUCCAGGAACAAAUGAGGCGCAGACUAAAUUGCCACCUGGAAACAGUCAGCAGGAAACUAAUAGUGAACAGGUGCAGACUCGGCCAAAUCCACCAACCUUUGUCCAAGGGUUUAUAAAUGAGGCAGAACAUCGCCAAUAUGAAGAAUGGCUGCUUCACACUCAACAGCUGCUUCAGAUGCAGCUAAAGUUUUUAGAAGAGCAGAUUGGUGUCCACAGGAAGUCCAGAAAAGCAUUGUGUGCCAAACAACGGACAGCCAAGAAAGCGGGACGCGAGUUCCCUGAGGCAGAUGCAGAGAAACUUAAGCGAGUUACAGAGCAACAAAGUAAAAUCCAGAAACAACUUGAUCAGGUCCGUAAACAGCAAAAGGAACAUACAAAUCUUAUGACAGAAUAUCGGAAUAAACAGCAGCAGAAAUGUUCUCUAUCUCCCUCAGGAGUGAUGGGGACAGCCGCAUCCCAGAAUCCUCGUGUAAUGCCCAAACUUUCAACACCCAUGUUAUCGGCAGCAUUAGCCCAGCAAGGAGGAUCAAUCCUUGGAUCCCAAGCAUUAGCUCAGCAACAAAAUACACUAAUAGGACACACAGGAAAUAUAAGACUGCCACUUCAACAAGGACCAACUUUCUUGACGUCGGCUGUGACACAACAACAAGAAUAUCCAUCUGCCUCAGCAACCGUAUCUUCUUCUGCUCCAACUAGCUUUUUUCCUGGAAAUUCUGCUGCUCAGACACUUACGAAUGAAAACAGACUCCUGCAAGAGAGACAACUACAGCUACAAAGAAUGCAGCUUAUUCAACAACAAGGGCUGGUAGGACCAACUCAGCAACAAAGCAUCAUGGGAAAGUUACAGCAACAAAGUAUCAUUGGACAGCUUCAACCAACAACUCAGCAAAGUAUUGUGGGUAACAAAUCAACGCUGACACAGCAAGCUAUCAUGGGCCAACAGCAGCAAGGUUUCAUUGGACAACAGCAGGGGAUUGUUGUCCAGCCGCAACACCAACCAAGUCAGCAGCAACAAGCUCUUGCAGGUCAACAACUACCCCAGCAGCACACCAACAUGGGUCAAGCUCAGCAACAGCCAGGAACACAGCACCAACAGAGUCUGGCACCUCAACAACAACACUUGAGGCUGAUGAGUCAACAGCAAGGCCUCCUUGGACAUCAGCAAUCCCACCAACAGGGACUUGCAAAUCAACCUAAACCUCCAAGGCCUCAGCAAGGUCUUAUGGCACAGCAGCUGGCACACCAACAAGGUCUUGCAGGUCAACAGCAAGUCCUUGCUUCCCAACAGCAGCAACAGAAUCUCGUUCUACAGCAACAGACAUCCAAUGCUGCUUUGCAACAGCAGGGACUCAUAGGACCUCAACAAGGGAUCGUUUCCCAGAGUCAGCAGUUGGCAACAAUGACACCAUUGCAACAACAUCACCUUCAAGCAGUUUCAGGACAGUUGCACCCACAAAGUGUUAUCAGGCAAAACAAUAUCCUUAGACUUUCCACACCUUUGCAAGGUCAGCAACAAAGCACAAUGGGACAUCAUGCUCGAAUGCAGGGUAUAAUGCGGCAGCAAUCGCAAGAUGUUUUGGGACAACACUUGGCAACGCAAGGCAUAAUGGGACAGCAGACUCCGCUGCAAGUCCUAAGGCAGCAGCUGCCAGGUAUAACAGGGCAAGGGCAGCAGCAGCAUCAAUCCCAAGGAAUGAUCACACAGAACAUGAGGCAACAGCAUCAGCCCCUGAUGUCAGUGGAACAAGGCCAGCAAUCCCAGCCUCAGGGUACGAUGGGCCAGGGUCAGCAGCAUCAGACCCAAAGCACAAUUGGACAGGGACAGGAGCACCAGCCUCUUGCUGUAAUGGGAAUGGGACAGCAGCCACAUCCUUCACCAGCACCACCCCAGCCCCAGGGAUCAAUGGGACAAGGAAUGGUACAGCAACCACCACAACCUACCCAACCCCAGAGCAUGAUGGGGCAACAGCCACAGCCGUCGUCCCAAUCCCAAGGGACAGUAGGUCAGCAAACACCAUCCCAGCCACAGAGUACAGUUGGCCAUGGGAUAGGACAACAAAUGACGCAGGGAAUUGGACAACAGCCCCAGCCCCCGGCCGCGGUGGGUCAGCAGCCCCAGCCCCCGGCCGCGGUGGGUCAGCAGCCCCAGCCCCCGGCCGCGGUGGGUCAGCAGCCCCAGCCCCCGGCCGCGGUGGGUCAGCAGCCCCAGCCCCCGGCCGCGGUGGGUCAGCAGCCCCAGCCCCCGGCCGCGGUGGGUCAGCAGCCCCAGCCCCCGGCCGCGGUGGGUCAGCAGCCCCAGCCCCCGGCCGCGGUGGGUCAGCAGCCCCAGCCCCCGGCCGCGGUGGGUCAGCAGCCCCAGCCCCCGGCCGCGGUGGGUCAGCAGCCCCAGCCCCAGCCCCCGCAGCCCCAGCCCCAGCCCCUGGCCUCGGUGGGUCAGCAGCCCCAGGCUCAGCCCCAGCCCCCGGCCUCGGUGGGUCAGCAGCCCCAGGCUCAGCCCCAGUCCCCGGCCUCGGUGGGUCAGCAGCCCCAGGCUCAGCCCCAGCCCCCGGCCUCGGUGGGUCAGCAGCCCCAGGCUCAGCCCCAGCCCCCGGCCUCGGUGGGUCAGCAGCCCCAGGCUCAGCCCCAGCCCCCGGCCUCGGUGGGUCAGCAGCCCCAGGCUCAGCCCCAGCCCCCGGCCUCGGUGGGUCAGCAGCCCCAGGCUCAGCCCCAGCCCCCGGCCUCGGUGGGUCAGCAGCCCCAGGCUCAGCCCCAGCCCCCGGCCUCGGUGGGUCAGCAGCCCCAGGCUCAGCCCCAGCCCCCGGCCUCGGUGGGUCAGCAGCCCCAGGCUCAGCCCCAGCCCCCGGCCUCGGUGGGUCAGCAGCCCCAGGCUCAGCCCCAGCCCCCGGCCUCGGUGGGUCAGCAGCCCCAGGCUCAGCCCCAGCCCCCGGCCUCGUCGGUGGGUCAGCAGCCCCAGCCCCAGCCCCAGACCACCGGGGGCCAGCAGCCCCAGCCCCAGCCCGCCGUGGGCCAGCAGCCCCAGCCCCAGCCCGCCGUGGGCCAGCAGCCCCAGCCCCAGCCCGCCGUGGGCCAGCAGCCCCAGCCCCAGCCCGCCGUGGGCCAGCAGCCCCAGCCCCAGCCCGCCGUGGGCCAGCAGCCCCAGCCCCAGCCCGCCGUGGGCCAGCAGCCCCAGCCCCAGCCCGCCGUGGACCAGCAGCCCCAGACCACUGUGGGUCAACAGAUGCCAUCCUCAGCCACAGUUGCUCAACCACCCCUUCAGGUUCCCUUGGUGUACGGAGUAGCGCAACAGCAGUCAUCCCAGGGAGCAGUGGGAAUGGGUCAGCAGCCUCAGGGGCAAGGCAUGAAGGGUGUUGGACAGCAGCAAACACAACCUCUGAGCAUGAUGGGAGUUGCACAGCAGCAGCUCCAGCCUCCGAGCACAAUAGGCUUUGGACAGCAGCAACCCCAUGGCACAGUGGGGAUGGGACAAUCCCAAUCUCAAAGCCCAAUAGGGCAGGUAAAGCAACAGCAGCAGCCCCAAGGUUUGAUUGGGGUGAGACAAGCGCAACAACACCAACUACUCCAGGGCCUGAUGGGGCAAUGGCAGCUGCAGACACAAGGUGUAGCCAGACACGGACUGCCACAGAACCUGUCAGGGCAAGGACAGCUGUCACAGACUUUGGUGAACCAUGAGCAAGGACAGCAACAACAACGUUCACAGAGCAUAUUAGGGCAGGGCCAAGGACAGCAGCAACCGCAGAGCCUUAUGAUACAGAGGCAGUCUCCAGGUACAGUGGGGCAAGCACAGCGGUUGCAGAGUCUAGGUACAAUUAGUGGACAGGGCCUUCAGGCAUCUGGUAUGGUGGGUCAGGAGAAGGAGCACGAACAGCAGCAAGAGCAGCCACCUCCAGGUACACUGAGACAAGGACAGCAACAAGCCCAAAUUUUAAUGGAGCAGGAAUCUCUGCUGCCUCCCCAGUGCAUAAUGGGGCAGGACCGUAACCAGCUACCAACUCAGAACAUGUUGAAGAGUGCAGUAGGAUUGGGACAGCCUCAGGGUAUAAUGUAUCAGAAUCUACAAACCCGAUCAGUGACUUCAGUGCAACAAACAAUGCAACAAGGUGUUGCAGGGCAGCAGAGACCAAUGACUCAGCAAAGUCAAUUAAUGAGACGUGUACAGCCAUCUGUAGCAAAUCUCCAACAGAAUAACAGCCUCGGUUUUCAAGGAGUGGUGCGUGUAGCAACAUCUCAGCAGCAUGGAGCAGUAGGAGAUCCAAGGCAAGGGAUACCAAACAUCAUGACUUCACAGUCGUUUCAACAGCAGCAUGCAGGCCUGCGUUCGGUUCAAGUGACUAGUCAACAGAUAGGUUUAGGCCACCUUCGUCCAGGCAUGGUUUAUGUUCAGCAGAUUAAAGCUGAGCAUGGAGGUAAACCACAAGAGAUGGCCCAUCUAAUUCAAAACAAACGAGCAAGGCAGAGCACAGGGUCAACAAAUGAAUUGGUGCCUGCCCAAGCUCAUUGCAGUCGUUCCCAAAUGCUCCAUACAGAGGUAAAUAAAAACAAUUUGGGAGAUGUGCCACUACAAAAUGAAACCUUGGAAACAAUAGUACAGCCACAGCCAGAAUUACUCAAAAACCAUGAAUCUGAAGACAGUACUCCUUGCAUGGCAGACCCUAUUGGAAUGAUGCCUCAGAAGAUGCCGGAUUCCAAAUCUGAUGCAUCCGCAAUGAAACUACAUGGCACUGCAGAAAAAACAAAUUCUGCCACUGAGUCACAAACCAGAAUUAAUAUGGAGAUGCAUGAACAAAGUGAGUUGACAAAAGCUUGCACAUUUGACUUCCCAGUAUCCCCUCCAAAUCAAGUUACAAAGGAGGAAUACCCUGGACUGCGAGCAGAAUCAUCACUGUUGAAUCAAACCAAUGGGCAAGAGGAAUGUGCACAGAAAGUCAUUGGAAGACAGGAUAGCUGUUCUAACUUGCAGGAAGGUGCAGCUAAAGACACCAAUGCAAGUGCAGGUCACUUAGUGAAACAGGAAAACAUUGAUGCAAUUCGCUGUGGGUACUCUGAGGGAACUUUAAAACAUGAGUUAAAUACUGACUCCUUCAGUGCCUUGAAUGUAGGGGACCAGUCUUUCCUUGCUCCCAGGUCUGAAGCUGGACAGCUGCUUCUCCAGAAACUAUUACGCACCAAGAACUUGCAGCUUGUGGCACAGCGCUCUGGAGAUGGAACACACUUGGCUCUAAAAGGACACAUUGAAAGCAAGGCUGUGAUGAUAGAUCGGAAACUCCAAGGUGCAACUGGAAAUACAGAGAUGAAGGAAUUUCAAGAAAUUAGCAAGAAAAACUUGGCCCCAAAAUCAAAAAGAACACAGAAAACAACCGACAGAGGCACCAACUCACGAAAGAAGAGUAAAAAGGAUGAGGGAAUAAAAAGUACAGAUGCCCUCAUGAAGCAGUUGCAACAGCAAUUAUCCCUUCUUCCUUUGAUGGAACCUACCGUUGAGGUGAAUUUUGGCCUCUUUCCUCCAUUUGGGAGCAGUCCUUUCAAUAGCAAGAACCAACUGAAAGGAUCAUUUGGGAAUGCAGUGCUAGACAGUGUUCCAGAUUACUACUCUCAACUUCUCUACAAGCAGAACAAUCUGAGUAACCCACCAACACCACCUUCUUCGCUGCCUCCUACACCACCUCCCUCUGUCCAGCAGAAACUGGUAAAUGGUUUGGCCACUUCUGAGGAGCUGACUGAAGGACAGAAAGAACAUGAAGGACAAAAAGAUCUCAUGACAACAGAAUUGAAAAAUAUGGACAUGUUGGCUUCCUUGCCCACACCACCACACAAUCAAAAUGAAGAUCUAAGUAGAGCAGAGUUGGAAGAUGAUAGGCACACCCCUGACAGCAUUGUGCCAGCAUCCUCACCAGAAAGUGUCCUUGGGCAGGAAACAUCCCGAUUUCCCUUGUUGACUGAAGUGAAGGAAGAGUCAAUGGACCGUGCCCUGUCUCCUGUAAUUCCCAUAAUUCCAGGAGCUUGUAUCCCAGUAUUUCCUGAUACAAAGCCAUUUGUAAAUACAGAAUCAUUCGUUGAAAAUACUGAGAAGGGCACACCUUUCUCUGGCCCAUGGAAGAGUGGCAAAGGAAACCAGGUUGCAGUCACACUCACUGUCUCAGGAACUGUUGCCAAGGAUAUAAAUAGAAUGAUGACCGUUCUUGCUCAGUUGCUCCAAAUGAAGAUCCCAGGUUCCUACGAAGUUGCGUCUGUUCCAGAUGGUUCACGUACUUUUCUGCCAGGUGGAAAAAAAUCCAUGUUGGAAGCCCCUGAUCAAGGCUCCAAAGAAGAUCCAGUGGAUUUGGAGAAAUUGGUGUUGGAAAAACAUAAUUGGUUCAAGCAGUAUGAUGUCACAUUACCAGGCUCUGCCCUUAAGAAACCAGGGGAAGAGAUGGCAACAGCCACACUGGAAACUUCCUCAGACUGUCCAGUGAAGGAAAAAAUCGUGGUGCAUCAUUACAGUAAUAAUAUGUCCAUACUCGAUGUUCACCAGCUUCCCAUAAUACAGCCAGAGUGCUCUCCACCCUCGUCCCCAAGUAUAUCAUCACCUGGAACUCCAGCAGAAUCGAGUAAACCUGACCCAUCAGUUGAAUCGCCAAAGAUCAAGCAUCCUCUCCCACUGGAUGAAAAGCAAUUUGAAGAAGCUCAACCACAAAUGAAGAGGUGGCGAGGAAUCCGUUGGAAGCGUUUGGAAUUUAAAGUCAUAUUUCAUAAAGGGAAAUUUAAACAUGUCUCACAACAUGAAAUUGAAGAACUCAUUCAGAAGCUGGGGACAUCAUUAAAACCAGACCCCAUGCCCAAGGACACUAGGAGGUGCUGUUUCUGUCAUGAAGAUGGUGAUGGAAUAACAGAUGGGCCAGCAAGACUUUUGAACCUGGAUUUGGAUUUGUGGGUCCAUCUAAACUGCGCAUUGUGGUCCUCUGAAGUGUAUGAGACUCAGGCAGGGGCACUGAUAAAUGUGGAAGUGGCUUUCCACAGGGGACUCACCACAAAGUGUGCUUUUUGUCAAAAGACUGGUGCCACUACAGGUUGCCAUCGGGUUCGGUGCCCAAACACCUACCAUUUUGCUUGUGCUAUCCGUGCCCGAUGUAUGUUUUUUAAGGACAAGACUAUGCUUUGCAGUCAACAUAAAUUGAAAGGAGCAAAUGAGCAGGAAAUUCGGUGUUUUGCUGUUUACCGCCGUGUCUACAUUCAAAGAGAUGAGGUGAAGCAGAUUGCCAGCAUUGUGCAGCGUGGCAAACGCAGCCAUAUGUUCAGGGUUGGUGGACUGAUUUUUCAUGCCAUUGGUCAGUUGCUCCCCCAUCAGAUGCAGGAAUUCCACAGCGUGACAGCUCUUUAUCCAAUUGGAUUUGAAGCAACUCGAAUUUAUUGGAGUAUGAGAUACACUAACAAGCGUUGCUGCUACCACUGCACCAUCAAUGAUACUAAUGGGAAACCAGAGUUUGAUAUCCAGGUUAUUGAACAAGGACACGAGGAUCUGAUUGUUACUGAUUGGACUCCACAAGGUGUUUGGAACAGAAUUCUUGAACCUAUUGUGCAGCUGCGGAAAGAAGCAGACAUGCUAAGACUUUUUCCUGACUACAUUAAAGGAGAGGACAUGUUUGGCCUGACUAUCCAUGCUGUCCUGAGGAUUGCAGAGUCGUUGCCAGGUGUAGAGAGUUGUCAGAACUACAUAUUCCGAUAUGGUCGGCACCCACUUAUGGAGCUCCCACUAGCUGUUAAUCCAACAGGUUGUGCCCGUUCUGAACCAAAGAUUAUGACUCAUUACAAACGGCCACACACCUUGAACAGUACCAGCACAUCAAAAGCAUUUCAGAGUACUGUAACUGGAGAAAUUAACACUCCCUACAGCAAACAGUUCGUCCACUCCAAAUCUUCUCAAUACCGCAGACUGAAAACUGAAUGGAAAAAUAACGUUUACCUGGCUCGAUCUCGAAUACAGGGUCUGGGUCUUUAUGCAGCCAAAGACCUUGAGAAGCACACAAUGGUGAUUGAAUAUAUAGGGACAAUCAUUCGCAAUGAGGUUGCAAAUCGCAGGGAGAAAUUGUAUGAGACUCAGAAUCGAGGUGUUUAUAUGUUUCGGAUUAAUAAUGAGCAUGUGAUUGAUGCUACUUUAACUGGAGGCCCAGCCAGAUAUAUCAAUCAUUCCUGUGCCCCCAACUGUGUGGCAGAGGUUGUGACCUUUGACAAGGAGGACAAAAUAAUCAUUAUCUCAAGCAGGCGAAUUCCAAAAGGUGAAGAGCUGACUUAUGACUACAAGUUUGAUUUUGAAGAUGAUCAGCACAAGAUUCCUUGUCAUUGCGGAGCUCUCAACUGCAGAAAAUGGAUGAACUAAAACAUUCAGAGCAAAUUCAGCUGACUCAAAAUUCACAAUAAUUUCAGAUGGUUCAGAACUCCAGACAUCUGCUAUACUCUGAUAAAUCAAACUGACAGAUCAUCCUACAUGAAGAUGGGAAGAAUUCUCACUGGUUCACAAAGAAGUAUUUACUGCGUUCCAUGUUGGAGUAUAUCUGUGGUUGGGAGUUAGUGUAGUGCUAAGAAGUGCAGAACCUUUUAACAAAAUUUAGCAAACAACGAGUUACUAAAACAAAUGGACUAAGCAGGUGUACAAAGAUACUAAGAUACCCAGCCAGUGACUGCGUUUCCUGCCAGGUCUAUGGGAUGCUUCUGAAUGUAAUCUCUGGAUUUUUUUUUGUCUGUAGUUCCUGCAAGAGAAAGAGAGAGAGAGAGAAUGAGAAUCUCUCACCUGUGCAGACCUUUUCUGAUGGGACUUAAUCUAAAGGAUAGAUUGUAUUUCUAAUGAAAUUCAUCCAAAGGAGGGAAGACUGGGAUUGAAAAAUCUAUAGCUUUCCUAACUCUGCUGGAAGAGGUCUCUGAUAUUAGACAGAGGUGUGGUACAUCUCAAGGUGAAAGGGAAUGGCAUUUUCAUCUGAUUUAGUUUUUUUUUUAGAAAAAAAAAUUUGAAUAUUGCAGGGUUCAUAUAAAAUAAACACUUUUUUGUGGGAGCGAAUUGAUUUUGAAACCAAGGCAGCGAUGUAAUAAACAGCACUCCUAAAAACACUAGAGUUUUAAAGAGAUGGUGUCCCUUGGGUGUGACAAAUUUAACUGCAUUAAUAUGUUGGAUUUCUCAUACUAUUUGCCCUAAUUGUAUCCGGGGGGAUCAGUGUGGGACUUUUUUGUUUGCAAGAUUUCUGAUUACUUCGCCAAAACCUUUGUUGACUUUUUAAGCAACAGACCCUUUUUGUGUGUUAUCAUCAAUCACAAAUUCUUUAUUUCAAAAGAAGUUAACUCCAUAUUUGACCAAUAUCUAGAAAAAGAAAAAAAUGUAAUGAAGUAGCUUGAUAGAAACUGAGAAAUGUAAGCAUCCAUCCACGUUGGUCACAGUGUGUAAGAUCUGAGUGACCAUGUAAGAAAUGUUGAUCUUUUGCACAUCCUUAUUCAAAAAUAACUGUGCAAAAGAUACUUUUUGAAAGACAAUCCACAUUAGUAAGGACUCACUAGGACCAGUUUUAAUGGUUCUCUGUUGGGAAUUUACUGGAAAUGAAUUAGGGACACUGGGGCUGGCACAAUAAUAAUAUUGUUAAGGUCUAUCUGUAAAUGUCCAGUUGAAAACCAAGGAUCAAAAUGAUAAAUUGACCAGCUUCCAAUUCUGAAUCUUGAAGAUCCCUUUUAAGCUGUCGACCUGACAACACACAUUUUCAUGAUUGAUGAGAGUUUCUUCCAUCACGCAAUUCAUAUUAUUUUAAAGCUAGAGAAAUUCAGAGCUAUUUAAGGAGGCCAGUGGGGACCUAUAAACUCAAUUAUAAGUCCUCAGUUGCUGAUCAAUAAUGCAAAAUAUAAUGAAAAGGAAGGUGGCACUAAAGACUUGGUCUGAAGCCUCCUUGAUCCUAAUCAGUCAGUAUCGACAGGCAAAUCGUUAGGGCAUUUGGUUCAACGCACAAACGGACUCUCUCUGAAAUCUCUUGCAGAGGAGACUUGCACUGAAGGAUUUCUCACCUACUUGAUUCCACAAGUCAUUUUACUGUAGUUUUGUUCCUGUAAUAUAUAUAUAAAAGUGUGAAUUUUAUUCGGAACAGUAGGAUAGGUCUGGAUGGGGGAGAUUUUUUUUAUUGGCGCGAUUCGUGAAAGCUGCUUCCCCCACUGCAUCUUCUCCACGCUGCAACUGUAAAAAUGUAAAUACAAAACUUGUAGAAAUCUCCAAAGCAGAAACCACUGGAUCAGAUUCUCAUUCGUACAAAUGAACGGUUGGUAUUGGUGAUAUAAAAUAGCUGCUGGUUGGAUUGAAGCAGGGAAGACAUUAGCAUGCAAUGAGAAGAUUCUAGGUAAUGUAGAUCAUGUUAGAUAAAUUUAAGCUUACAGUGUUUUACUGUUUUUAUAAUAAAAGCUGAUUUCACCCCUCUUCAACUGGUAGGAGCCGGUGUGUCUUUUAAUGGAAGAUUCUAAUUUAAAAAUGGGGCUUUUUCAUGUUAACUGAAGAUGUCCACAGAGCCCUAAUGCAUUGUGAGAUCCUACUUCCCCAAGCUGGGGAGGUUACAGUCACGUAAUGUAUUGUUGGAACGUGUUCAGUUAAUAAAUGAAGAUGUCCUGUUUGCAGUAAAGCCUUGUUCAUACUGUUUACACUCUGAGCUAGGUAUUUUGUGGUGCAUUUUAUCCUUGCAAUUGGGGCAAAAACAAAAGCAGAGAUUUGAGUAUUUUUUAAUGACAAAAUAAACUUCCAGAAUAUGAAAGGGUUUUUUUUGUUUGUGUUGUGUGCAUUCUGUACAGCAAAUGUUGUCACUGGUAAUGAAUUAAAAUUAUCCUUUUUUAUUGUAUGUGGCAUGUUUUUUUUGUACUGAACAUAAGUUGAAUUGUAUAUAAUUUAUGUCAAAAGAGCCAAGAUGUUUCUUGCUCUAUGUAUUAAAUCUCCUGCAGGAAUAAGCUUAUUCUGUACAUCCCUGGUACAUGUAGAGACCGUUUAUGAUCAUGUUGGCUAGAUUGUACAAACCUUUUUUAAAUACAAAUGUAGCAUCUUUGCAUUACUGUAUGAUAAAUAGGGACAUUGUUCCUACAGAGGUGA